CGACUUCACAGCAAUGUUCACGUGAGCAGUUGAAAGUCAACCAGCGUCGCCCUCCUCAGCUUCUUGAAUUAAUGUUGGCUCCAACUGCGCUGAGAAUUCAUCCGUAGAUUCUCUCUUCCCCAUCUCAUCUCCUCUUCAGUCAUGGAUCGUGAAGCAGUGAUCGAGUUCCUUGCGCAAGUCCCACUGCUGCAGAGGCUCCCCAGUUCUUCUCUCCGAAAGAUCUCCGAACUCGUCAAGGUCGAGCGUUACGAUACUGGUGAAUAUGUUGUACGCGAGGGGGAGUUUGGGGAGGGAAUGUACUUUAUUUUGGAGGGCAAGGCUGAAGUUUCUGGGUCUGUAAAUACAGAGGAUGGCGAGCUUCAAUUGAAGAAAUAUGACUAUUUUGGUGGUACUGAUGGUUCUGUCCACCCAGUCAAUGUAAUUGCAUUAUCGAAGCUCACAUGUAUAGUGCUGGAGCAUGGACAUAGAAAUAUGUUGCAGCCUCAAUCAAUAUGGAAUGCGGAGGGAAUACCCAAAGACUUCGCGCUGGUGGAGCAGAUAUUGCACUUGGAGUCAUUAGAAGUCAAUUUAUUUCGUGCAUUUACUGUGCCAGAUUCUCCAAAUUUUCAACCAGUUUAUGGAGGACAAUUAAUUGGACAGGCACUGGCAGCAGCAUCGAAGACUGUGGAUUGUCUGAAAUUGGUGCAUAGUGUGCAUGUUUCUUUUCUUUUGGCUGGAGAUAACAAAUUUCCAAUUAUAUAUCAAGUUUAUCGUGCACGUGAUGGUAAAAGCUUUGCCACCAGACGAGUUGAUGCAAAACAACACGGCAUUGUCAUUUUCAGUUUAGUUGCUUCAUUUCAGAAAGAAGAAGUAGGCUUUGAACAUCAAGAAGCUUUCAUGCCUAAGGUGCCAGCUCCAGAAGCACUACCAUCAAUGGAAGAGCUACGAGAGAGACGCAUCAGGGAUCUUCGCCUUCCACCAUCUUACCAGAAUAUGGUUACUAAGGAAGUAUUUGUUCCCUGGCCCAUAGAGAUACGAUUUUGCGAACUCUAUCCUUCAAGUCCUCUUCCACCACGUAUGAAUUAUUGGUUUAAAGCAAGAGGAAAGCUUUCUGAUGACCUAGCUUUGCAUAGAUGCGUCAUAGCAUAUGCUUCAGAUUUUAUAUUUGCUGGUGUUAGCAAUUAUCCUCACCGCAAGAAGGAUCAGAAGACAACAACGUUUAGUUUGGAUCAUGCGAUGUGGUUCCAUAGGCCUUUCAGAGCUGACGACUGGUUGCUAUAUGUGAUAGAGAGCCCUAUUGCCUAUGGAGGCCGCGGAUUCUCUUAUGGCCGGAUGUUUAACAGGAAAGGAGAGCUUGUUGUAUCAUUGACUCAAGAGUCUCUUACAAGGAAGUUGAAGCCGAGCAAAGAAGUUCCUAAAUCAAAGCUCUAGAGCUCAUCUGCAGGAUGAUGCUACCAAUCCUUGGACCUUAGUUGCAUGCCCAUUCAUGAGAUACGUGAGCCUAAACAAGGACAGGGUUCUAUAUUUAAACGGAGAAAUGCAAGCUAUUUGAUGUUCAUUUUUAUGGGAGAAAGGGGAGGGAUAUUUUUAUUAUGGGUAAAUCAGAUUUUUUUAUGGUUGACAUUAGUAUAUAUCCUCCCCCAAAAAAGUCUAAUAGUAUAUUUGUCCAGAGGCAUCAAGUAAAGCAUGUGUACUUUAAGGAGAUGCAUCUAAUCGUGUUGAUAGAACCACAA